AUGACGGGUCCUGCCUCUCCUCAGGCCGAAGGUCCCACGUUUGCUCCUCCUCCGCUGCCUGCGGGUUGGAUCGCCCAGUGGGAUGGCACAAGCAAGAAAUACUACUAUGUUCAGCUGUCGACUGGUGUUUCGCAGUGGGAUGUUCCUACUGAGCCUGCCAAGACAGGCAACACUCCCGCUCCUCCUGGUGAACAUCCCUACGGCGCUCCCAAGCGGUCGGAACUUAUCACGCAUCCUGAUGGUUCGCAGACUGUGCGCCAUGCGGAUGGCACCAUGGAACCAAUCAUGCCAGAUGGGACACGCGGUGUAGAUGGUCCUUCUGGAGACAGGGGUCUUGGAAGCAUGGCUAUGAACGCUUUGCUUAGUGGAAAGAACUCUGGUCAUGGUGGUAGCGGUGGUGGCAGCGGAGGCAACAGCUCCAGCCCAUUGGGCAACCUUGGUGGCCUUGCAAGUCAAUUCCUCGGCGGUAAACAUGGUGGUAACAACAGCAGCGGCGGCGGAAGUGGUGGAGGUGGUGGAAGUGGCGGCCACGGCUCCAGCCCGUUGGGUAACCUCGGCGGCCUUGCAAGCCAGUUUCUCGGUGGUGGUGGUAGUCAGGGUGCUGGCAGUGGUGGCCAUGGUGGAAAUGGAGGGAACAAGCCUUCAGGCGCAGGGAAGCUCGUUGGGCAGUUGGCUCAGAGCUUCAUGAACACGGCUUCCCAAGAGAAGCCCCCUGCUCCUCAGAAUUACCAUGGAAGUUCCAACCAGAACUCGCAGUCCCAACAUCAGCAGCAGUCCCAGCAGCAACAUCAGGGGCAAGGGCAGGGAGGUCUCGCUGGCCAGCUUAUGGGCGGUGUAGCAAGCAUGUUCGGAGGAAAGCAUGGCAACAGUGGACAAAACUCCAACUUUGGCUACAGCUCUGGACAGCAGCAGCAGGGCGGGGGAACAUACUCUGGACAAGCUCCCACUUACAACCCACCAGGUUCUAAUCCUUCAGCUCCAUCAGCGCCACCUGCUGCUGGAUCGCAUUCUUACAGCACGCCCUCGCCAAGCCAGCACUCGCAGCAUGGUUCUCAGCACCAAUCGGGCCAGAGUCAGUCCUAUGGCUCGCAACAACAGCAACCGGGUGGUCAGCAGUAUGGUGGCCAACAGCAUUCUGGCGCAAACCAGCAGUACGGCUCGCAUCAGCAACAGCCAAGCUCUCCCUACGGAGGUCCUCAGCAGCAGUCAAGCUCGCAUCAGCAGUACGGCGGCAACUCGUUCGGAGCCAGCCCGCAUCUUUCGCAUACCAACUCCUUUCCUCCUCCACCUUCGGGGGGCCCUCCUCAGCAAGGCCAACACGGUCAACAGGGGCAGCAUGGGCAGCAAUACUUCCCUCCUCCUCCUGGGCAACAAUCGCAGCACCAACCGUCUGGCCAGGGCUACCCCGAUACUCAGGGCCAUGGAGGUCAAUUCGGCGGCUCGUCUGACCACUAUCCUCCUCCACCACCUGGAGGAUCUCCGGGAGGAUAUAAUCCCUCCUAUACCAGGGGUCAAGGAAAUGAGCAACCCUCUUACGGCAACCAGCCACACUACAAUAGUGGUGCGCCUCCUGUCCCUCAUGGUAACCACCCUCAACAACAAUACGGAGGACCUUACUGA